GAUGAGGCACAAAAGCCCCGUGACAAGAGGCCUCCCCGAGUGCCAUUGUGAGUAUCAGGAGUGUCACAAUGGGGCGGUGUCAUGCCCCUUGGGUGCCGCCCCCUCAACCCUUUUGAUUCCGGGGCCGAAAUGCUCUGCCGUUGCUCUAUAAAACGGCGAAGUCGGUUGUUUUCCGUCACAGUCCCUCCUCCAUCGUCUCUCGCCAUGGCUACAUUCAAGAAUGCUUUGGUCAUCCUCUGCCUCGGCUUAGCCGCUGCUGAGGACAGUAUGCGCGAGAAGCGCGGCUUCACUGGCGGCGCUGGUUAU